AUGGCGGCGCCCACGGAUGACAUGUUUUCUCGGUGUGCUGAUCCCGGUAAAACUAUAAAAUCUAUUGAAGUUCGUUUCAUCGAUAAUGUCAAGGGGAGAGGACUGUUUGCCAAGAAACCUUUCAAGAAGGGUGAGACCAUCCUUAUUGAGCGUCCUCUUGUCUCCUCACAGUUCCUGUGGAAUGCUUUGUACAAAUAUAGAGCGUGUGAAUACUGUUUGCGAGCUUUGGAGACAGCAGAAGAGAAUGCCCGCAGACUCAGCGGAAUGCCUGCUAUCAGCCUGCCUCAUCCUGAACAGUGUAAAGUCCGAGCUGAAUUACACCAGGCCUGUCCUCACUGCCAGGUGAUGUACUGUAGCAGUGAGUGCAGACAGGCUUCGUGGGAUCAGUACCACCAAGUCAUGUGUCUGGGCCCAUCACAUGAUGACCCUGAUCAUCCAGUUAACAAGCUGCAGGAUGCAUGGAGGAGUGCUCACUAUCCUCCAGAGACCUCCAGCAUCAUGCUAAUGGCGAAAAUGGUGGCUGUUGUCAAGCAGGCUCAAGAUAAAGGGCGCUGGCAGAGACUCUUCUCCCACUUUUGUAGUCGUGCAGCCAAUGAGCAAGAGGAGAUUGCACAUAAGCUGCUAGGAGAAAAGUUCCAGGGACAGUUGGCGCAGUUGCGUAAUCUUUUCUCCACAGCACUCUACGACGAUCACCUAAGUCAGUGGUACACUCCAGAGGGGUUUCGUUCUCUCUUUGCUCUUGUUGGGACCAAUGGACAAGGAAUCGGCACCAGUUCUCUCAGUCAGUGGGUUCAUGCAUGUGAUGCACUGGAGCUUCCUCAGCAGCAGAGGGAGCAACUGGAUGCUUUUAUUGACCAGUUAUACAAGGACAUUGAUAAAGAAACGGGAGACUUUCUCAACUGUGAAGGUUCUGGGCUCUUCCUUCUACAAAGUUCAUGUAACCACAGUUGUGUGCCCAAUGCAGAGGCCUCCUUCCCAGACAACAACUUUCAGCUUCACCUGAGCGCCCUGACUGAUAUCGUCCCUGGCGAGGAAAUCUGCAUCAGCUACUUGGACUGCUGCCAACGUGACAGAAGUUGUCAUAGCCGGCACAAGAUCCUGAGAGAGAACUAUCUUUUUGUGUGCUCGUGUCAGAAGUGUAUGGCUCAGAUGGAUGAUCCUGAUGUGACCUCGGAGGACGAGGAUGAGGCUGAAGGGGAGACUGAAGGGGACGAGAUGGAGGAUGAGAUGACUGAUGUGUGAUGAUCAUGUCUCUUUUUGUGGAUGUUUUACACCAGGCUGUAUUCUCAUACAGAGUGCAAUCCUGUCACCCUAAAGUAUUUGCACCUCUGUCCAUGCAACAAAAGCCAAGGCUAUGCAGAAUAUACUUUGUACAAAGUUUUACACCUUUAAUACCAUUACAUAGUGGUUGUUCAUGAAAAAUGCUGCCAUUUUUAUCCACUGCGAAUGGUAGGAUUUAAAUCCUAUAAACACCCCACAGAUGUACACAUUACAGACCAAGACAGCUGAUCAAAUCAUUAAAUGGAUAGUGUCUUGAAAUCA